UUCAGUCUCCACUUUUCAAAAGACUUUCCUCGCACCCUUCUUCAUCCCCUUUUCCAAAAAAAAAUCAAAUUCCCAUUCUAUCCCAAAAUUUAUAGUGAGCAAACGUAUCCUGAACAUCUUCCUGAAUUGUGAUUAGCUCCAGGUCCAUCCAUGGAUGUUGUUAGCUCAUCAUCAUCAGCUCAACAAGCUUCGUCUUCCAGUAUUCCUCCUAGUCAAUUCACAUAUCAAGUGUUCUUGAGUUUCAGAGGCAGAAACACUCGCAAGACUUUCACCGAUCAUCUCUACACAGCCAUGACCAGUGCAGGAAUCUGCACUUUCCGAGACGACGAUGAGCUCCCGGCCGGAGAAGCCAUCAAACCAGAACUAGAGAGAGCCAUCCAACACUCGCGAUGUUCUGUUAUUGUGUUUUCAAAAGACUACGCGUCGUCCGGAUGGUGCCUGGACGAGCUUGUGACGAUCCUUCGAUGCAAGAAGAGGUCCGGUCAGUUCGUUUUACCGAUCUACUACGACGUCAGCCCAUCCCAGGUGAGGAAGCAGACGGGGAGUCUUGCAAAGGCGUUCAUCACACACCAGAAGAAUCAAACAGCGGAAAAGCUGAUUCUGUGGAAGGAAGCACUUACAGAAGUUGCGGCUCUAGCAGGCAUGGUGUUAAAGGAUCAAGUUGACGGGCACGAGUCAAAAUUUAUUGAAAAUAUUGUUAAGGUGAUUGAAGGCAAGUUAUGUCGAGUCCCCUUAUGUGUUGCCCCUUACCUGGUUGGAAUUGAUUCUCGAGUAAAAAGCAUGAAUUUAUGGUUACAGGAUGGAUCGUCCAAUAUUGGUAUAUUAGGAAUUUGUGGAAUUGGUGGAAUAGGAAAGACAACUAUUGCACAAAUUGUUUAUAAUUCAAAUUUUGAGAGAUUUGAAAGAAGCUGCUUUCUUGAAAAUAUCAGAGAGAUUUUCGAACGGCCAAGUGGUUUUGUUCAAAUACAGAAACAGCUUCUUUCGGACAUUUUGAAUGGGAGAAAAGUGAAUAUAAGCAGUCCUAGCGAGGGAAUGAGUAAAAUAAAAGAUGCCUUAAGCUCUAAAAAAGUUCUUCUUGUUCUCGAUGAUGUGGAUCACAAGGACCUAGUUGAUGCAAUACUUGAGAUGAAAGGCUGCUUUUGUUCUGAAAGUAAAAUUAUAAUAACAACAAGGAAUGCAGGACUGCUCAAGGGUCAUCGAGAUAUUAAGGUGCAUAAUGUCAAAACUUUGAACUAUAUUGAAUCAUUGGACCUCUUCAGCAGGCAUGCUUUUGGACAGAACCGCCCUUUUGAAAGUUACGGGAUACUUUCAGACAAGGUAGUGCGCCACUGCGAAGGACUUCCAUUAGCCCUUCAAACAUUGGGUUCUUCUCUCUCAGGGAAGACUAUAGAUGUAUGGGAAAGUACAUUAAAGAAAUCCAAAACUAUUCCAAACAGUGUAGUGAUGAGUAAACUGAGGAUGAGCUUCAACUCUUUACAAGAUGACCAUGAUCAGAGUUUAUUCCUCCAUAUUGCAUGUUUUUUUAUUGGAAAGGACAAGGAUAUCAUUGUCAAAAUUUUAGAUGCAUGUGAUUUCUGCACAACCGUUGGCAUUCAAAAUCUCAUUGAUAGAUAUCUGGUUAGAAUCGAAGAAUGUAAUAAGGUGAAUAUGCAUCACAUGAUUUGUGACAUGGGAAGAGAAAUGGUUCGUCUAGAAUCAAAAGAUCCUAAGAAACGUAGUAGGCUAUGGCAUCACAGGGACUCUCUUAAUGCAUUAAGAGAAAAGACUGGUUCUAAUGCAAUUGAAGGCCUUGUCCUGAACAUGCCCGUGAACCCUGCACAUGGUCCUUCAAGAAAUUCAGAUAUGGUGGUCUUGGAUACCAAUGCAUUUUCAAUGAUGAACAAACUCAGAUUCCUUCAUCUUGGUCAUGUACAACUCAAUGGAAGUUAUGAAAAAUUACCUAAAGGAUUGAGAUGGUUGUGUUGGUGUGAAUGUCCUUUGAAUUUAAUACCGAGUGAUUUUCCUAUGGAGAUGAUGGUUGUUCUUGAAAUGUCCUAUAGUAGAUUGAGACAACUGUGGAAGGGAGCAAAGUGUCUUCCAUCAUUGAAGAUCUUUGAUCUCAGCCAUUCCUCAAACCUUACUGAAACUGGUGACUUCUCAUUGGUCCAGAAUCUGGAGAGACUUACACUUGAACAUUGUAUAAGCUUAGUUGAUGUCCAUGAAUCCAUAGGAAAGCUAGAGAAACUUGUUUACUUGAAUUUGAAAGAUUGCAUAAAUAUCAUGAAGCUUCCAGAGAACAUUCAUAUGUUAAAAUCACUUGAAACACUUAUCAUAUCUGGUUGUUCAAAUCUUAGCGAGUUUCCGAUGGAGAUUAGAAACAUGGAAACUCUUAAAGUAUUUCAAGCAUUUGGAGUUCCAAUAGAUCAGCUAAUCACUAUCCCUGGGCAGGUAAAUUCACGGCCAAGAUUAAGUGUAGAUGGUUUUUGGGGUUCCUUUUCUGGCUCUGUUGUUGAGUUAAAUCUUGGAAGCUGCAAUCUUUCUGAUGAUGCUUUUCCUAGUGACUUUGGUAACUUAUCUUCAUUGGAGAGUUUGAAUCUCAGCUACAAUAACUUUUGUACCUUGCCAGAUUCAAUCAGAGGCCUUUGGAAACUCAAGACGCUUAAUCUUCAAUCCUGUAGAAGUCUCAUAUCUAUUACAGGUCUACCACGAGUAAGUGAUCUACUGAGCACAGACCAUUGUGUAUCCUUGGAAAAAAUAACAUUUCAAUCACUUUCAUGCAUACCAAAGAGAGUAUCCAUAUAUGGUGACUCCAAACUAGUUGAGAUUCAGCACUGGUACAAGUUAAAACCCAUUGGAACGGUUGAUGUAGAAAUGAUCAGGCUUUUGGGUUUGUCCAACUUGGAAUCCAUGGAACCCAUUCGGAUGCACAUCCCAGAUGCAAACUCCCCAUCGGAAGGGGAGUCCAUGGAACCCAUUCGCAUCCAGGGACUACAUGAAUAUGGUAUCUUCAGCACAUUCUUUCCGGGAAACGGAAAUGAGGUUCCAGGACAGUUCAGCCAUACAAGUAAAGGGUGUUCCUCAAUAUCUUAUCCUGUGCCUAUACUUUUUAAUCACAAGAUCCGAGGCUUCAACAUAUAUUCUGUGUAUGCAUGGACGACAGAUGUUACUACUGUAUUGCCACCAUUAAUCAUUGAAGUCAAUAAUAAGAGCACGGGUCUGAAGUGGAUCUAUGUGCCGUCAUGUUACGGCAUUCCAAGUGAUGGAAAAGACAUGAUAUGGUUGAGCCAUUGGAGUUUGGGGAACCAAUUCAAAGGUGGUGAUGUAAUCACUGUCUCAGUAUUUACGCCAGAUAACUGGCUUCAGGUAAAAGAGUUUGGUGUCCAAGUGGUGCAUGAGGAAGAAGAGAAGAUGAGUAAGCAACAGUACAGCAGCAGUAGUAGAGAUCCUAGUUAUGAUGAUCCCGAUGCUUGUGGUGUUAAUGAGGUGAUUGGUAAUAGUGGUGGAGUUUUGUCAGAGUUAUAUCAGGUCCGGCCAGGGACAUACUUCCUCUGCGGUGGACCCUUUUUAGAAAAUAAUAGAUACACAUAUAACAGAUGGAAAAAGGAUUGUUGCCUCAGUGGCAUCAUAGGAGAGUAUGAUGAAGAAACAGACAAAGAAGAAAGGAAACAGGGGGAUAGGACACUAGCAGCAACAGAAGAAGCUGAAGCAGAAAGAGGCAGCAAUAACUUGUUCGGUUGCAAGAACCUUGUUAUCCAUGUGCUUAUGUCAUUGGUUGAGAUUUGUCAAAAUAUCAGCUGAUUGUAAGAACUUCCUCUGAGAUAAGUGACAUCAUUGGAGACUGGCAGGUCUGCUGUUACUGAUACAUUAGCAUUAGCAUCACAAGUUUGUCAAUAUUCUAUGAAUUUUCUGGAGAGGGGCAGCCAUAACUUUUAUUACCCAGUCUGCAAGGUUGUAUUUGUCUAGUCACUUGCUUGCAUUAUGGCCACUGUCUUCUUUUCCUCUCUUUCUCUGGUCUCUCCCUCUUCUCUCUCCCAGCGAAGGAUACGGCAGGGGCCUUGAAGGCCUGCAUGAAUUUAUUCUAUCAGAGAAACUGUUAUUCAACAUGGUCACAAGGCCAAUAUGCGGGUAUGUGGAUAUGUUGAUCCACUGACUACAGGAUCGCAUCCAAGUUUGAAUAGGAAAACAUCAUUGUGGGACAACCUAUACCAUUAAACAUCACAGAAGAAGGCAUAUAUACUCUGUUCUGAAAAUUUUGAAACAGUGCUACUUGGCUGCAAAACCAGCUACAUUGGAGCCUGCAUAAUGAUGGAGUGUUGAAAGUACUUGCAGAGCUUCAGGGGGUUGUUGCUGGUGAUAUUAACAAGUUAGUUUUUUCACUGCCUUUAUGAAGUAUAUAAGGUUCAAUUACCAACAAUUCAAAUGGGAAAUAUCACUGCUGUUAUUAUCAGAAAUGAUGAGGAGAUAAAUUUGCUAUUACUGUCCCUGUAACUUUUCACGUUUUUUUGUUCUUCAUGUAAUUGCAUGUACUUCACAUGUUCCUUUGUUCAACAAACAAAAGUGUAUACUUUGUACAUAUCAAGUUAUUAACUGUAAUACCACUAAGAAUAUUUAGAAAAUUUGCAAGUAUGUGUCUACCAUAUG